CAAUCAUCGCUUUCAAUCUUUUAAAUUUUAUAAUUGAUAAUUACUUUCUUGGCGCCGUUGAAUGUACAUAAAAAAAGAAAUUCCCGUAACCACAAGAUAAGAUAACUUAAAGUUUAAAAUUUUUUGCCGGAUAAUGAAAUAUUCGAUGUGAAACAAAAUUUUUUUGCUAUGCUAGUGAAUUAUUUGUUGCGCCAAUGAUCCCUCAUUUAAAAAAGGGAUUUAAAAAGAUUCGAAAUAAAAAAUUUUAAAUACUUUUUAAUACUUUUGAAUACCUUGAAUACUUUUGAAUCCCUCUUCUUAUGGGAAUUUAACAUUGCUAAUCGUUUUAAAUCGCUUUUUUAAAUCAGGGAUUUGAAACUGUAACAAAGCUGUUGUGUUACAGUAAAAAAACUGAUUUGUUGAAAUCAGAAGGUAAAUUUUAAGCACUGAAAAAAUUUCUGUAUUCACGAGCUGAGAUUACUUGCGGCAAUAAAUGCCGGCUUUAAAAUACGAUGAUUUAUUACAAUUAACAUCAUGUGUUCUCAUAACGAAUUUACUUUUAAUUACAACACAAUUUCAUUUGUCACUAUAGCAAAUUGAUUUGUUACCGUAAGCUAAUCAUGUUUCUUACUAUGAAACUUUUUGCGAUUCCGUCUUUUGUUGUGGUAGCAAAAUUUUUUUUUUUUGUGUAUGAAAAAGUGGAGCUCGAUAAGUAAGUCAAGUUUUAUUAAAACAAAAUAUUAUGUCAAAACAAUUAUUUGUACUAACUGAUAAAUUACCUUUAAAUACUAGGCUAUCUUCAUAUUUAGUAGGUAUUUUUAAAAUUGCCGCGAACGGUCUACGACUAAGUUUAUUCGAUUAUUUUUUAAAUAUUUAUAUUGAUUUUAACAAUGAAAAACUUUUCAGUUUUAUUUAUUUCAAUAAUUCUGAUAAUUAUCUAUGAGUUUGAAGAAUGUAGUUCAAAAAAAGAUGUGAAAAUCGAACAAAUUGCCGGGCCAUAUAUAUGCGCCGAAGGACCUCACUGGGAUGAAAAGAAAAAUCUUUUGUAUUUCGUUGACGUCGUUGGGCAAAAAAUAUUUUGUUAUAAUCCAGAAACAAAAAACAUAACCCACACUUAUUUAAAAAACGGUCAAGUUGGUGUCGCUGUUCCUAUACUUGGGAAAAACAAUGAAUUUCUCGCCGGAAGUGGGACAGAUUUAGUGCGAGUGUUCUGGGAUACUAGAGUAGAUGAUAAAGGUCCCAGGAUCGAAAUUAUUUCCAAAGUUGACGUCGGUGUCGAAAAUACUAGAUUUAAUGACGGAAAAGUCGAUCCUAAAGGCCGGCUUUGGGCCGGAACUAUGGGCGAGAAAAAUUACGUUCCCAUUCCUGAUAAAGGUUCGUUGUACAGAUUUGAAUACGAUGGUACUCCAACGAAAAUGAUAAGCCCAGUGGAUAUCAGUAAUGGUCUUGUUUGGAGCCAUACCAACGAUUCAUUUUAUUACAUCGACAGCUUCGCAUACAAUAUCGUUGUUUAUAAUUACGAUGACACCACUGGCGGUAUCUAUAACAAACAUACGCUGUUUGAUCUCAAAAAGAAUAACAUAAAGGGUAUUGCUGAUGGCAUGACGAUUGACCGUGCGGGGAAUCUUUGGGUUGCUAAUCAUGGGGGCGGUUUGGUAUUUCAAGUUGAUUCAAAGACCGGGAAAAUGAUACAGUCUAUCGCAAUGCCAGUGUCCGACAUCACCAGUGUUGCUUUUGGUGGUCCGAAUAAAGACAUUCUCUAUGUAACCACCGCUAAAGACAAACUCAAUGAAACUCAACUGCAGGAACAGCCUCUAGCAGGUUCAGUUUUCGCCGUUUACGGACUCGGGAUCUCGGGAUCUCCAAUGCUCUCCUGCAAAAUUAAAUAACUUAAUGUACGAUAUUGAGUUUGUAUUAAUGUGCAUAUUAAAUACUCUAAGAAAAAUUA